AUAUUUAUUAUUUUAUGUAAAAAAUUUCAGACACAAAAAUUCAGUUUCUCUUUCUUUCUUUCUUCUCCGAUUCUUGCGUUCUCUUGAGUUGCGAACUUCAGUUACUUUUGUUUCACUUUCACUCUACCUUCAAAUUCAAAGUUGAAAAUUGAAAUUGAAAUGAAAUUAACUAUGUGAACCAACACCAACGUUUGUGUUCUCUUUUGUGUUUCAUGUUUUGUUUGUUGUUUUGGAUCUCUUAGUAUGAAUCUUACUAACGGUAAAGGAUCCAUUUCUACGGUUACUACUACAACUGUUUCUAUGAAAUCCGGUGAAGGUUCCGAUCAGUUCCCGGCGGGUUUGCGAGUUCUCGUUGUGGAUGAUGAUCCCACGUGUCUGAAAAUCCUCGAGAAGAUGCUGAGGUCGUGUUAUUAUGAAGUUACGCAGUGCAAUCGAGCGGAAGCUGCACUUUCACUACUCAGGGAGAACAAGAAUGGAUUUGACAUUGUUAUCAGUGAUGUCCAUAUGCCGGAUAUGGAUGGAUUUAAGCUCUUGGAACACAUUGGAUUGGAAAUGGAUCUUCCGGUUAUUAUGAUGUCUGCGGAUGAUGGUAAAAAUGUUGUUAUGAAGGGUGUAACACACGGUGCUUGUGAUUACCUGAUUAAACCGGUUCGUAUGGAGGCUUUGAAGAACAUAUGGCAACAUGUGGUUCGGAAGAAAAAGCAUGACUGGAAAGAUUCAGAACAGUCGGGUAGUGCUGAUGAAGGAGAUCGGCAUCCAAAGGCGUCUGAUGAUGCUGAUUAUUCGUCUUCUGCUAAUGAAAGUAAUUGGAGAAGCUCGAGAAAGAGAAGGGAUGAUGAAGAGGACGGUGAUGAUAGAGAUGACUCCUCCACACUAAAGAAGCCUCGGGUUGUUUGGUCUGUCGAGCUUCAUCAACAGUUUGUGGCUGCUGUCGAUCAACUAGGAAUUGACAAGGCUGUUCCUAAAAAAAUUCUGGAAUUGAUGAAUGUUCCCGGGCUCACCCGAGAAAAUGUCGCUAGCCACCUGCAGAAAUAUCGAUUGUAUCUUCGAAGAUUGAGUGGAGUUUCUCAGCACCAGAACAACUCAUUUCUCAGCCCGCAAGAGGCGUCAUUCGGGACGAUUUCAUCGAUGAAUGGUCUUGAUCUGCAAACUCUUGCAGCUGCGGGCCAGCUUCCAGCACAAAGUUUAGCGACUCUUCAAGCUGCGGGACUCGGUAGGUCAGCUGUGAAAUCAGGCUUACCUAUGCCUCUUAUGGAUCAAAGAAACCUUUUCAGUUUCGAAAACCCGAGGUUGAGAUUUGGAGAAGGGCAGCAACAACUUUUGAGCAAUAAUAAACCGACAAAUCUUCUUCACGGAGUUCCAACUAACAUGGAGCCAAAGCAGCUUGCCAAUUUGCACCAGUCUGCAGCUCAAUCCCUUGGCAACUUGAAUAUGCGAGUCCCUGGCACGUCACCACAGGGAAAUCCUUUAUUGAUGCAGAUGCCACAACAAUCCCAACCUAGAGGUCAGAUGCUAAGUGAAAAUAUCAGUCCCCGUAUUCCCAGACUACCGAACCUCUUGGGGCAGUCUACUGUAUCAAAUGGAAUUUCCGACGGUCUUUUAGGGAGAAACGGCAUAGCUAGUAGCAGCAGAGGGCCUUCAUUUAAUUCUGUUCCACAGAGCUCUAUGUUUUUUAAUUCUCCCAUGAAUCAAAGCACUGAAAUGUCUGUUACUAGUUUUCCUCUCGGAAGCACUCCAGGUAUAUCUAGUAUCACAACCAAAGGCACAUUUCAGCCCGAAGUUAAUUCGGGUAUCAAAGGAUCAGCUGGAUUUCCAAGUUAUGAUAUUUUUAACGAACUGAACCAUCAGAAGCCUCGGGACUGGGGAAUGACAAACCCUGGUCUAACAUAUGAUUCCUCGCAGCAUGCAAAUCCUUUACAUGGUAACAUCGAUGUCUCGCCAUCAGUUUUGGUCCGUCAGGGUCAGGGUUAUUCUUCUACGCCACAAAAUGGACAUAACAGAGAUAACUCUUUGAUUGGAAAAUCUCCUUUUUCUCUAGGAGAAAGCUCGGAACAAGGUAAUUUCCAAAAUGGCGUUCAAAACUUCAAUCCCCUUGUUGAAAAUUCAACAAGGGUUAUUAAGUCUGAAAUGGUUCCAGACGCGAGCUCCCAGACUAAUCUCUUCCCCGAUCAUUACGGACAGGAGGAUCUUAUGAGUGUACUUCUGAAACAGCAGGAAGGCAUUGUACAAGGCGAGAAUGAGUUUGACUUCGACGGAUAUUCUCUGGACAACAUUCCUGUCUAGAAGUGACUCUCAAGCCUGUUCUUUCAGAUUGCAAUUGCAAGUGUAAAUAGUUGCUGUUACAUAUGCAUGUUAUCAUUCUGCACUUAGCUAUUUUCAAACCGAGUCUAAAUUAUCUAGACAAAAGAAUUUCGUUGAUGUCAAAUAUUCAAACUUCUGGGAGUAGUGUACUAUAUUGGUUUUAGUCUUGACGUUCUUUAUCGAUCAAGAUGAAUCGACUACAAAACUCGACUGCAUAAAAUGCACAAGGCAUGUGCAAUUUUUGACUGCUGCUAUUGAUAGCAACAUUUCUAGCAAUGUUCUAAUUUUAGGGUGUUCUUGAAGAGGUAUGUUUGGGUUAGGGAAGAAUUGCAAACUCAUAGGAGUACUUCUAACUUCAAUAACAAAUCAUGAAAAAAAAUUCCUUUUGUUCCUCUUUAAAUUUUAUGUUCUUCAAAGUAAAUGACUGUCGUAAGUGUGUAAAUAUUUUUAUUCGGUCGUUUCAAGACAUUUGUUCUGACUAUUCUUUUCCGGAUGUUUAUGUUUGUGUCGGUCGGUAGUUUUGUGCUAUAAUGUUUCAGCUGUGACCAUUCUGCUCUUUGAUUAUGUUAUGGAUUCUUUGUACA